GCUCUGCAGCGGGCGUGUUUGAGGGCAUUAAAUUGAAGCAAGCUGAAGCCGGGGUUUGCAAGGCAGAAGAGGCGGAGCCUGAGUGAGGAGCACGCGCGUAGUGGUGACGGCGUUCCGCCCGCACUGCGCUUACUGGCGGCGCGAGGCCAGACGUUGUUGGCGCGCGGGUUUGAAAAUACAACGCGGGGCCGAGGCGGAGUGGCCGGGAGCGCGGCCCCGCGGGGAGAUGGACGGGGCCGUGCAGGUGGAGGGCGAGGGCUCCUCCGGCGCCCCGGUGUCCCUCGAGCUGUUCGCGGAGACAGAGGCCGUAGCCGCGGGCUGGAUGCUGGAUUUCACCUGCUACGCGCUGUGCCGGCACUUCCGGGAGGGGCGUACGCGGGACUUCGAGCGGAGCCGGGACACGGCGCAGGCUAUUAUUAAUGGCCUGUCCAAAGUAGCAACUCAUCAGAUGAAAACAGUGUACCUGUGUCAAUUUUUGACACGAAUUUCAGAAGGAAAAACACUUGGUCGUCGCUUUGAAAGUGAUCAGAGAAUUUCACCUUUGGAAUCUGCUCUGUCAAUUUGGAAAUUGCUUGAAGAAGAGCAAAGCAAACCAGAUAACCUGCAUGAAGAUAUUCAUCGCUUAAUUUUGAUUCAGGCUGUAGCCGUCCACCUAGAGAAAGGAUACUUUAAGGAAGCUACCGAAGUCCUUAAAAGACUAUUUUCAGAAUCUGAAUCAAAUAAGGCUUUAAGAAUGAAGCUGGCCUUAAUAAUUAAUGGGAACGAUCCAGAUCUGCCUUUCCUCCAGAGCUUCAGUUAUAAUCUCUUGAUCGAUAAAAUCAAGUCUUACAUUGAUGAUUUCUUGAAAGAAAACUCAACAAACUUUCUAAUCAAGGCAGCCACAGAAGAGGUGGAGACUAAAAGAUUGGAAGCAACAAUGUCUCACAAUAAACCUGGAAAUAUUAUUGAAACAAAUAAUGGAAGUAAUUUGGAAACAGAACAAAGUAAUCUAGAGGAUCAAAGUAGUAUUGCAAAUGAAUCAUCAGAGAAUGCAAGAGAACCUCUAAAAAGGUCACGCAAACACCUUUAUUCCUUAGCACACCAUACCCUCUGGAAGCUAGAAAAUGUGUCUUCUAAUGGGAUAACAAAACACAGAAAUACCAGUUGUCUUCAAAGUCUCAGUGAUUUGCAGAACAUUGAAAAUGAUGGAAAAUCUCUGUCUCACAGGCCAACUCGCCGAAAGAAGCAGUUACUGUGCAGCAUGUUGCUAUAAGACAGCAGUUCCUGGCAGGAGCUUUGGACAAGCCAGCACCAAUGAUUUUGUCAUGCAGUGGCUUAAUGUUGGACUGUCACCUUAGUGAACAAAGUGCUCCAUUGUAAGGGUGAAAAUACAUAACUGGGAUGGAGUUUUCAAAGUAAACCUAUUACAGUAGUCUGAUAACGGGCAACUUGCUGUUUAUGCUGCAUUUCAUAAAGGCCUUAUCCAUGAAGAAAAUGUAGAAAUCUGUUUGUAGUCACUAUUUUAAAUGCUAGUUACAUCACAGACACAAACUAAAGUACCACCUAACUUUGGGAAACCUAGAAAUAUGACCUUAAUAUAGGGAUGUUAUGAAAAGGGUAUUUAAAGUGCGCUUGACUUUGCUUGGGAACAAGACUACUACUGUUUUGAAAUAAUACAUCUGGUAUACAGUAAACUUUUUGAAAUGACUGUCAUGACGUUCAAAAUAAUGAUAAAAUCUUCUAACUCUUAAAGAUAAAAUAUAGGCUUCAGUUUUCAACAUAGAGGGGCACUCUGAAGAGAUAGUCAGACAGCACAAGAUUGUUGUAAAUCUUGAGUCUCCAAAUUGUCAUUUACAACAGCCUGACACAAGCUGUUUCAUCCUUUUACCUUGAGUUCAUCAGGAAAAGAUGAACUUAUUUUUGUGACUCAAAUUUUUAAGAAUAACUAGAGAAAAGAACUUUCCUAUCAGUUUACUGUAGGUCAGUUGUUCCCAAACUUGUUCCGCCGCUUGUGCAGGGAAAGCCCCUGGUGGGCCGGGCCAGUUUGUUUACCUGCCAUGUCCGCAGGCUUGGCCGAUCACGGCUCCAGGCCAGUGGGAGCCGCUGGAAGCAGCGGCCAGUAUGUCCCUUGGCCCGCGCCACUUUCAGUAGUUCCCUUUAGCCUGGAGCUGCGAACCACGGCUGCUGGGAGCCGCGAUCGGCCGAACCUGCGGACGCAGCAGGUAAACAAACCGGCCUGGCCUGGCAGGGGCUUUCCCCGCACAAGCGGCGGAACAAGUUUGGGAACCACUGCUGUAGAUAAAUGUCCUUCUAGCUCCUUUAUUCUUCCCUUCCUUAAUAGCCUAUAUUGAAGUCAAAGUACUGGUUAAAUUUACAGGUACAUCCAAUCCUCAAACUAGACCAUCUACUAAUGAGAGAUCCAUUAUUAAGCCACCAAAAUCCAUACCCCCCAGAGACUAGAUAUGGGAACAGGCACCACAUUAAAACACUGAUUUGAAACACAAUUUAUUUCAAAGCAAAGCUUAACCAUGGCAAAAACUUUACAAUCUCCUUAGAAGCUACAGAUGUUUUAUCAAAACAAAAUUUUAGAGGGGCACAUUAACGAUGCAUCUGUUUGCCUUAAAAUAUUUAUUCCCUUCUUACAGAAACAUAGCCAAAUUGCUCAAAGCAGCGCCCCCUUUCCUCUUGUUUCAUUAUUGAUGAAGGUAGCAAAAACUGCCACUUAAUGACAUGAAGAAUAUUGGCACAUUGCCACAUGAUUUAAAAACAAAACAAAACAAACAAA